ACUGCUUCUGGACCGAUUUCUGAUAAUAAAAUACACCAUUUAACUGUAUGUAGAUCUAACUGUAGAAGAUCUAGUAAGUAGGUAUUAUUUUUUAUGCCCUUGUGGAGUGGGUAAGACUGCAAAAUUGUUUGAUAAUACUGGGUCGGUACCUAAUUUUAAGCCUUGAGAGAAUAGAACUUAGAACUUGACUACGGUCGGUAAGUAUAUUUUUUUUAAUUGGCCUCACGGCUCUGACUUCUAACCUUUUUGUGUCUGUCGGUACGUAUCGAUACACUGUUGUAGUACCCACAUGUAUGACAAAAUCCACCUGAACCCAAUUCUCCGAAGUUAAAAUUUUGAAAAUAUUCAUCCUUGUAAAAACUAGUAAAAAGCUGUGGAAAAUACUGAAUAUAUAUGACAUCAAAUUAUUUUACCUCUAAUAUAUUAGUAGUAUAUUUAUGUCAUUCAAUGUUUGUAAGGGAUUUGGAUCAAUCCCUAAAAAUCUUCUUCAAUGUUUCCAGCAAUAAAAGAUGCAGAACAAGAGAAAAAGAACGCGGAGAAGAUCGAGAGGCUUUUGAAAGAAAAGGAGAUAGAAAUGGAAGAGAAAUUCCAAGGACGAAUUGCGCACGAAAUGAAGUACUUGAAAGAAAAAUUUGAAUUUAUACUGCAGAACGAACAAAUACGAGCAUCUCACAUGCUUCGGGAGGCGCACAGAGAAAGACAAGAGAAGAUAUCGGCGUUACAGACGCAACUAGAGUGUAAGAACAUGGCGGGCCUCAUGUAUGUUCUGUGCGCAGAGAGACGAAAGAGCAGGAUGGAGAAAUUGCGGAUCACUGAAGGUGAGACAAGGACGACAUCAGAGGCUUAACAU